GAGGGUGUGUCUUGCGUGGAGAGAAUAAUAUUCUAGUUUGCUGACACAGUUCAACCGGAGUCUCCUGCUUUAAUAGCAACUUUAGUAUUGUGUUCAAGACUUCAUAUCUUUACACAAGUUGAAAUCGAAAAUUCCUUACGGAUAAAACUAGUUUUGUAUGCCUCGGCAGUUAAAAAGGAUAUAUUUAAGGGCAGAUUCAUCCAUACUGAUUCGGAGUUGUCACUGGACGUCGCUGUUAGGGUAAAGGCAAAAGGAUUUCCAGUUUGAGUACUGGUUUUUUAGGUUGCUUAUCGCCAUGGGGAAUGUAGUGUCGGCAAACCUGGAUGAGAGUAAACGGCAGCUGAUUACGGCACGGACAGGGAAGGUGAUGGCAGAGUUCACCCAGCUGUACGAACGCCAGUACCCAGUUGCCCUUUUUAACAAGAUGCGCUUUGACCUUGAGGCCAACGGGGGGCCCCAGUCUCAGCUUCUACAGCGCAAGGCCCCCCUGGAGGACAAGUCCAUAUUCUCCGGCAAUUUGUUCCAGUACCUGGAGGAGAACAAGAAAUGGCGCAAUCGGUUCUUCUUCAUCCCAGACUCCCAUGUCGUCAACUACUACGAAAAUAAACUGGCUCACGAACGGGGGCUCCACCCCAAGGGGACCAUCAACUGUGCUGGGUACCGUGUGCUCAGCUCGGUGGAGAAGUACCUGGAGCUGCUGGAGACCACACUGCCUGGCGUGAAGCCCAAACCAGGCAGCUCGCCGGGCCUGAAGUGUGCCACACAGUUCCCCAUCCUCCUGUGGCACCCGUACGCCCGACACCAGUACUUCUGCGUCACCACAGAGAAGGAGCAGCAGAAGUGGCUGGCCGUCUUUCAGGACUGCGUCCGGCACUGCAACAAUGGUCUGUCGGAGGAGUGCAAGGUGCAGACGCCGGCCUUCACGGACUCGGUGCGGCUGCACCGGCAGGCGCACGACCAGUACAGCACGUGGGAGAUGAUGUGCGGGACGCCCCAGCAGAUCCUGGCAAACCUGGUUAUGGAGACCCUUGUUCCAGAGCUGAGAGAGCCCAUUGCUGCCCGACUGAAGGGAAAACCAUUCGAGAAGCAGAGGAACUGGAUGCUGAUCUCGGACGCCGUGUACAGCAUGGUCCAGGGCCAAGUGCGGGCGCAGUACGAGGCAGUGGUGCAGAAGUGUGAGGCCAGUCGCCCCCUUCAGGAGGCCUCCAUACGCACGGACAUGGACCAGAUCAUCACCUCCAAGGAGCACGUCACCAACAAGAUCAGCACCCUGGUCAUGCCCAAGGCCGAGAAGCUCCUGAAGGCCAGCAUCCAGCCCUACAUCAACUCCAUCCUGGAAGCCCUGAUGGAGCCCACCAGCCGCGGCUUCUCGGAAGUCCGGGAAGUGUUCUUCCGUGAACUGGUGGAAAUGAGCAAGAACACACUCAAUGGCGGCAGCAAAGAGAAGCUGGGCGAGCAAAUGGAGAGGAUCUCUAUGCUGGCAUUCCAUCCAGUGAAGAUGCAGAGCUGCUAUGAGAAGGUGGAGAAUCUGCAUCUGGAGGGCCUCCAGCAGCGCUUUGAUGUGUCCAGCACAUCCGUCUUCGUCCAGAGGGCGCAGAUCCUCAUGAGAGAGCAAAUGGACAAUGCUGUGUACACCUUUGAGCAGCUUCUGCACCAGAGUAUGGAAGGCCAAGGCGGGGAGGAUCUCUGCAAGACCAUCCAGCGCUGUCAGGACCGGGUCAUCAAGAAAUAUGACUAUGACAGCAGCACAGUUCGCAAGAAGUUCUUCAGAGAAGCUCUUCUGCAGAUCUUCAUCCCAUAUAUGCUGAAGCAGCUGACUCCAACUGUCGCCCCCGAGCUGCCUAAAUUCAAGGACCUGAUCUUCGAGGACUUCUCACGCUUCAUCUUGGUUGAGAACAUCUUUGAGGAGGUGGUUCUCCAGUCCAUCAUGAAGGACAUCAUGAUGGCUGUGAAAGAGGCAGCUGUCCAGAGGAGACAUAAUUUGUACCGGGACAGUAUCGUCCUGACCAACAGUGACCCCAACCUGCUUCUGCUAGCGGACAGUACCCCUAUUGAUUGGGGCAGUCAGUACGGCAAUGAGAAGGACCGCAUGGAUGGCAGUGAGCCACAGAAGAGGAGAAAGCAAGUGGUGUCCAUGAUUCAGCUGGAUGGGACUCAACUGUUACCCCAUGAAUCCUGCCUGGAGGUUCCGGGGGUUUGUGACAUUUCUGAGGAGGGCCAGGAUGGUGACAGCACUGUCCCCGCCUCAUCAGGGCCACAUCAAGACAAAGCGGUCCCCCUGACCAAUGGGACCAGCCAGCCAGAAGGCAGCCUAGAGAAGGCCAUCGCCCCUACCCCUCAGGAGACACAGCCCGGUCCGUCAAAAGCAGAACCUCAGCAGGAAGAGGCCAAGAAACCAGAGGGGCAUGUAGAAGGAUCUCCACAGGACGCCGCUAUAGAGAGCGCCAUAAUGGAGAUAGAGAACGCCGUGAGCGGUGAGGAGCUUCUCUCUGAGGACGAAGGGCAGGAAUUAGCCAAGGUGGUGUCUAUAACCCCAGAGGCACACGGGCAGAUGGCGGAAGGUCCCCAGACCACGGUACCCAAGCCAGCGGCAACCGACCUCCAUCCUCAUGGCAACACCAGCGAUUCCGCCCACAAAAACGAGGAGGCAGGAGCCAAGUCUGUCUCAGAAGGUCAGAUAACAGACCACAGUAACUUGGUUACAGGAGAAGGGGUGUCAGGGGGACAGUCCACAUCAUGUCCUGCUGCCGGUGGAGAGGUUUGAGCUGACAUACACCCCCCCCCCAAACAACAAAUAAAACACGCUUUUACAGAAGAGACAGAGGCUUAGUUUAUGAUUACCUGUCUGGAAAGCAUUCGCUAAGAGCGAGAUGAUAAAUCUACAGUUUAUUUAGUUGGACAUUCUACACCUUGUACUUUUUUUCCAUCAUUUUCUGAAAAUCAAGUAUAUUCCGAAUUUUGACGACUGCAAAUGAACACCAAAAUCCCAAUAUGGGCUUGGCAGCAGUCAAGUCAAUUUCAUAUAAUCUUUUAUACUAUUACGCAAAUAUAGGCUUCAUUUUGAUUUGCGUUCCAUCAACAUCUGUGGCCACAAAAUGUAUGUAUGAAUCACUGCCAUAAUCCUGAGAAGUUGCAAGUUACAUGCAGGAUUUGUGAAUUCCUGCUCAGAUGUGGUCUCCGUCUGGUCACUGCUGUACCCAGAGACAAACAAACGGCUGAGACUCUUACACUACAGGAGAAAUAGGAGUCAACACAAAUAAAAAACUAAUAAAUAAAAUGCCCAAAUCCUUCUCAUCUUCUCACCUUCCUCUGCUGCUGAGGAUGUGGCCUAUCCGCGUUUUAGAACAUCUUGAACUUACAAGAUCUCAAAGUUUUGACUAACUUCACCUAACUACUUUGAGGGAGAUCCUUUGAAAUGGAAUUCCAUAUUGACCAAUGCUAACUGGCCAAUAAUAUCUUAUUUUGGCUGAAUAACAAUUAGUAAAUUCACAAUGAGAGUACACUGCAUUGACCUUGCCUUUGGAAACACUGAAAAAUAUUAAUGCCAUUGGAUGUCAUAUUACUUUGUGUUUUUUCGCCCUUUCAAAGCUAAGGUUUCAUUGCUCUGUGGUCUAUUUUAUAUAUGAAUACUUACAUAACUAUUGAUGAUAUUCCGCAAACAUGCUUUUGCAAACACUAUUUUUAUGUCACUGGCUCCGUUUAGCUUUAAACUGCUUAUGUUGCCUUGUGCCACCCUGAUUUGUGCCUAGUUAGUAAACAGUGUAAAACUGGGAUAGAUGACCAGGAUUUCAUUAGCAAUGGCUCCAUUAAUGAGCAAAACACUCACCUUUAGUGAGGAUUUAGCAGGUAACCAGGUCAGAUGGAGGUGAGAGAGCUUUGGUUAGCAUCCCCCCCCCUCACUUACCUGAAGCUGCUUUUUGCAUGAGCUGGUUUGUAAAGUUGUUCUUUGUUCUUUAGAAAUUUUGAAAAAUGCAGGUUAAUUUAGGGUAACUGCUGUAAUACCCUAGAGAAGGGUAUUUCACCUGAGUACUUUAAGCAGUUUAUCCAAAUGCACUAUUGGGUACCGGGAAAAUCUCAUAUAUUCUCAUAUUUUGUGGAUCUGUUUUCCAUCUGGGGAGUCAGGCUUCCCACACUAAGGUCUCCCUGAGCGUUUUCAGGCCAUCCACAGCACCCUCGCCGCUGUGGGUUUUCAAACGCUCGUUUCACCCAUAACCAGAUGCAACUGCUAGGAAUAAAGGUGGCUGAAGAUGAAAAUAUCUACUGAAAAGCAAAUAUAAGGUUGCUUUGGAAAAAAGUGUCUGACAUUCAAAUAAGCUCCUAAUAAAGUGUGAUGGGUGUUUACACUUUAUGGGGCCCUGCUUGAUUUAUGGUACUGUGCUUGAUCAUAUGGGGCCCUUUAUCUUCUGCCAACACAUGUGCCUUUUACCCAUGGGGGGCUUUUCUAUCCUGCUUUUCACUGUACACAAGCGGCGCAUUUACUUCCUGUUCAGCUCCUUUAAACUUCAUAUUUGUCUCAAUGAAAACAGACCUAUUGAGCUGGGUAGAUCUUUGCACGACUUUGAAGACCAGAACCCUAAUGUUUUAUUUAUUAUUUUUUAGCACACCACGUCUGUGCAUUUUUUUUAAAUGUCUAAUGCAAUUCUGGAUGAUAUUGUUUUUUAAAUAUAAAGAAUAAAAA